CUGUAUUUCUGGGCCUGGCGAUUGACUGCUCUUGCCGCGAAGGUGUUAUUUGUUGCAUCGUGCGAAGGAGCAUAGGCCUGCCGUGCGCACGUUCAUCCGAUCGCUCAAUCGCCUCCGAACAGGCCAUCUCGCGACAGGGCCCGAGCACCCACUGCACGCCGACGCCUACGCACGUCUACGCCUACGCGCACCACCACCACCACCACCACCACCUCUCCAUAUCUUAAUACACGCUCGACGCGACUCCGCGGCGCGGGCACAUUGUACCUGCUGUCGUCGCUCGGCGCCAUCACGUGCUGCCACGCUCGAGACAGAAAUUUUCUGCCCAUCAACUGCACGUGAAUUCGCGCAUAGAAACAUGCAGUACGAAGUUCCCCUACCCAUUGCUAUGAACCAUGAUGUUUCUACAUCGAAUGGACACUACGCGCAAACCCUCUACGUUCCGAAUGGCAACAAUAGGAUAAAAUCCGAGAACGGGUCUGAGCGCGGCGUGUCACCACACACCUCCGAUCACUCCUCGAGGUACUCUUCGCAGACUCCCCAGAACUCCGUGGCCUACCAGCAGAUCGCCGCGCAGCUCACGAAUGGCAUGCGCUACCCUUCGCCAAAUCAGAUGCAGCAAAACAACAACAUGCCGAUGCUGCAGCACUCGUAUCACCCGAACACGACACAAGAUCAGGGCUAUCAAACACAGGCUGGCGCCACCAUGGGUGCCGUGCAGCAGGCUGUACCGCAGUCUACGGACCAGACUGCGAUGGACGGCGGACGAGCAAGCACUGGCAGCAGUGGGCUUCCCAAGGCUUUCGCCUGCUCAACGUGUCAAAAGGGUUUCGCGAGGCGUAGUGACCUAGCGCGUCAUGAACGGAUUCAUUCUGGUGUGCGGCCGCACGUCUGCGACCAUCCUGGCUGUGGCAAACAGUUCAUCCAACGUUCCGCUUUGACUGUUCACUCUCGCGUGCACACUGGCGAGAAGCCACACAUGUGUGAGCGAUGUGGCAAGCCGUUCUCCGACUCUAGUUCUUUGGCUCGACAUCGUCGCAUCCACUCUGGCAAGCGUCCAUACAAGUGUCCAUACGCAGAUUGCCAGAAGACAUUUACCCGGCGUACCACAUUGACCCGACAUCAGAAUCACCAUACUGGUACUAUUGAGGAGUCCGAAGCCGCCACUGCUGCGGCGCUGGCCUCUCGUGUUCAGAUGAGCACCAACCGCUCUCGAGGCUCUGACGAAGAAGAUGGCUACUCUGGUGACGGGAAGUCUCCUCUGCCACAGCAGCAGGAUCGAGCCGCUACUGGGUCUCCUGCAGCGGUUCUCAACGGCAUGCCUCAGCUGCAGAGACAAGCCUCUGACUAUUAUAUGAAUGCGAUGAACGGUGGGAUGGCCGCUGUUCCCCCACAUCUGAGGAACGCGAUGCAGCCUUCGCCUCGCGCUCAAUCUCCUCAGCAAUACCCCAUGCCAGUGAACGGCAAUACGCCACAAUCUCGACCAUCUUUGACUUCCAAUCCAUCCUCCAGCGCUCAUCUUCCUCAAAUUCUGGAACCGCCGACGACCAAUGGACAGCAACAGACUGGAAGCGGCAAUAACAGCCCCCAUUUGAACAAUAAUAACAACAAUCCUAUGAAUGGAUGGCAAUCUCCACAUCCUGGCAUGCCAGCGAACGCAUCGCAGACGACCGACUACACCUACCCUGACCCGAAUAACCACUACGGAGUCAGCAAUGUCAACACUGCUCAGAUGUACUACCAGCAGCAGGGCGUACCGCGUCCUCACAGUACACAGCCACUCGACUAUCAGCACCAAGGCCAGCCAAUGUGGGCACAGCACCAGCAGUAG